AUGCCCUCCCCUCCUCCAGCACACAACAGCGUCCUCCCCUCAGCGCUCAACAUCCCGCUCUUCAACAAGCUGCGCAACAAACGCAUCAUACUCGCCUCCUCCUCCCCCCGCCGUCUCGAGAUCCUCAGAGCCUAUGGAUUGGGUCCAGAAGUGGUCAAGUCGGAAUUUCCGGAGGAGUUGAACCAUGGUGAUUUCGAUAACCCGGGGGAUUAUACGGUCGCGACGGCGACGGAGAAAGUGAGUGGGAGAAGGGGAAGGGAGAGCGUGAACGAGGAGGGGUACAUGGAGUGGGGUGAAGCUGAUAUCCUCUUCUUUGGUUGGUUAGGCUAUCGAUGUGUAUUCCAAGCUGGUGCGAGAAUCACCGGACGAUCCUCCUGAUCUCGUCAUCGGAGGUCAGUCACCCACCCCUUGAAUGACAUCAUCUGCCGGUACCGUACAGUCCGAUCCGAUAAACUGAGACCACUGCUCGCGUUUGCUUUCCAACGGCUUUUGUACUCAACCGCUCUUGUUCGUGACCCAUGCAUCAUUAGCGGACACGGUCGUUGUCCUCGGCUCGGAAGCCUCGUAUUCGAUUCUGGAGAAACCGAGAUCUACGGCGGAUCAGAUGGGGAUGUUGACCGACUUUAACGGAUCCAAAGUCGACGUCAUCACCGCUGUAACAUUAGGUGGGUAGAAACACCUACAUCCCUUUCACGUCUGAUCCGAGUCGUCCUCGUUCAAAUGAAGAAGGCUCUGGACGGCCGGCUUUUCGCACCUUGGGAGUCGGAACUCAUCAAUCUGUGAUACCGCUUCAAUCUACUCAGUGCAACCCCAGCUCGCAAAUCCAGGAUAUUCGCUCCAAUCCCUGGUACAAUCUACAAAGGUGCGCAAGACCACGUGUCUGGUCUAGACUACAUGUUGAACCCGAAGACCGAUCUGUUGCUCCCCACCCCACAUUAGGUCAAUUUCGCACACAACUCACCGCAACUGAUCAAGGCCUAUGUCGAAUGCGGCGAAGGGAUAGACAGGUGCGUGUAUCUCCUCUCCAGGGUCAUUCUCGGGCAGAGACCUGAUUUGAUUGACUCUGACCGACCGCACAUUUUUCAGAGCCGGGGGGUUCGCCGUGCAAGGGUUAGGUGGCAUGCUGAUCAAAGGGAUCGAAGGCGAUUACAACAACGUCGUCGGUUUCCCUGGUCAGGUGAGUGUAUUCGAUGGUCCAGGAGUAGAACCAACGGGAGAGAAUUCUGAUCUCGGGGUCUGCAUUGACAGGCAUUUUUCGAGUGGCUGAGCACGCUCGCUGAUGAAGAGACGUUGUGUGAGAUGGAUUGA